GCAACCAUAUUCUCCUUUAUCUUCUUCUCCCCAUAUUUCAUCGUCGACACUAGAAGAGGAAGAUUGGGACCUGUCUCAUAUUCUUCUUCUCAUUUGUACUUCAAAGGCAGAACAAAGACAAAUUGGUAGGUUGGCUUAUCGUUGAGAUAGUCAACCGCACAGCAUGGGCACCCCAUAUCAACCAUAUUAUGCCCAUGUUCCUGAUCAAGCGCAUUACUAUGGGCAACCCCAGCCUUAUUACUACCCUCCUCCUCACCCUGGCCAAAAACCUGUCCCCCGCUACCAUAAAGAGCAGCGUGGUUCAGGAACCAAAUGGUGCCUACGUUGUGUAUGUUGUUGUUGUUGCUGUUUUUUAUUAUUUAUUCUGUGUUUAGUUGGGGCAAUGGCCUUCUUUAUUUUAUAUUAUAAUCCCCAAAAGCCUAACUACGAUGUUAAGGAAUUUGCGGUGAAGAGUUUCAAUCUCAAUGACAAUACCCUGGAAACGGACUUUAAGGUUUCGGUGGAGGCAGACAACCCCAAUGAUAAAAUUAGCAUCCUAUAUGAAAAGGGAAGCAUGUUUGAUGUUUCAUAUCAAGGGACAAGGAUUUGUUCAGGGUCAGGGCCAGAAUUUCAGCAACCCACCAAGAAUGUUACCAUGCUCAACAUAUCGUUGGAAGGGAAGAAUGAUUUGAACUCGAAUGUGAAGGACUCUUUCAUUGAGGACCAGAAGAACGGGAAAAUUCCUUUAGACAUACACAUAUAUGUGCCCAUAAAAUUUGUGCUUGAGAAUUCCAAGUCGAAGAUCAUUGAUGUUAUGAUGAAGUGCUAUAUAGAAGUUGACAGUUUGAAGCAAGACAAAAAAUCUAAGAUUUUGAACAAGAUAUGUUAUUUUAAGGUUAACUUUUAAACCAAAUAUACAUGUCCU